AGAACCAGCAGCGGCGGCGGUAGCUCAGGUCAGUUAGUUCAGUCGGCAGUCGUUCACGCAUCUAUCUAUAUUCAUUUUUCUUAAAUUAGCCACUUUAAGCUUCGCGAUACCGCCCCCAGUAGCAGCCUCGGUACGGAGCCGCCAGGCCGGGACAGAGACGGAGAGUGAGGCCUCGGCCAUGGAAGCGCUCGGACCCGGCCCGCCCGCCCCUCCCUCUCUGUUCCAGCCUCCGCGGCGUCCCGGCCUUGGCACGGUGGGGAAACCCAUCCGGCUCCUUGCGAACCACUUCCAGGUGCAGAUUCCCAAGAUUGAUGUCUAUCACUAUGAUAUCGACAUCAAGCCUGAGAAACGGCCUCGGAGGGUCAACAGGGAAGUGGUGGACACCAUGGUGCGACACUUCAAGAUGCAGAUCUUUGGAGACCGACAGCCUGGCUACGACGGGAAGAGGAACAUGUACACAGCACAUCCACUGCCAAUUGGGAGAGACAGGGUGGAUCUGGAGGUGACUCUGCCUGGCGAGGGGAAAGAUCAGACGUUCAAGGUGUCUUUGCAGUGGGUGUCUGUGGUCAGUCUUCAGAUGCUGCUGGAAGCCCUGACGGGUCACCUGAACGAGGUCCCAGAAGAUUCGGUUCAGGCUCUGGACGUCAUCACGCGGCAUCUGCCUUCCAUGAGGUAUACUCCUGUGGGGCGUUCGUUUUUCUCCCCUCCGGAGGGCUAUUAUCAUCCUCUGGGUGGAGGCAGAGAGGUGUGGUUCGGUUUCCAUCAGUCUGUCCGCCCUGCCAUGUGGAACAUGAUGCUCAACAUCGACGUGUCAGCCACAGCUUUCUACCGCGCUCAGCCUGUGAUCGAGUUCAUGUGCGAGGUGCUCGACAUACAGAACAUCAACGAACAGACCAAACCACUGACGGAUUCGCAGCGCGUCAAAUUCACCAAGGAAAUAAGAGGCUUGAAAGUUGAGGUCACUCACUGUGGUCAAAUGAAGAGGAAGUACCGCGUGUGCAAUGUGACGCGCCGACCUGCCAGCCACCAGACGUUCCCCUUACAACUUGAGAACGGCCAAGCCAUGGAGUGCACUGUAGCACAGUAUUUCAAGCAGAAGUACAAUCUGCAGCUCAAAUAUCCACAUUUACCCUGUUUGCAAGUCGGGCAGGAGCAAAAGCACACCUACCUUCCCCUGGAGGUCUGUAACAUCGUAGCAGGCCAGCGCUGCAUCAAGAAGCUGACGGACAACCAGACAUCCACCAUGAUCAAAGCUACCGCUCGCUCGGCCCCCGACAGACAGGAAGAGAUCAGCAGACUGGUAAAAAGCAACAGCAUGGUCGGGGGCCCGGACCCUUACCUGAAGGAGUUUGGCAUUGUGGUGCACAAUGACAUGACAGAAGUGACAGGGCGUGUGCUCCCGGCGCCCAUGCUGCAGUAUGGGGGCCGGGUGAGUACAGACACAGGGAGGGACUGUGGCAGGGGACUCUCUCCGCAGAACAAAACCGUGGCCACGCCCAACCAGGGCGUGUGGGACAUGAGGGGGAAGCAGUUCUACGCCGGCAUCGAGAUCAAGGUCUGGGCCGUGGCCUGCUUCGCCCCACAGAAACAGUGUCGAGAGGACCUGCUCAAGAGUUUCACUGACCAACUGCGAAAGAUCUCCAAGGAUGCCGGGAUGCCCAUUCAAGGCCAGCCAUGUUUCUGUAAAUACGCCCAAGGAGCCGACAGCGUGGAGCCCAUGUUCAAACACCUCAAGAUGUCUUACGUGGGUCUGCAGCUGAUUGUGGUCAUCCUGCCUGGAAAAACGCCCGUCUAUGCUGAGGUGAAGCGGGUGGGCGACACCCUCCUUGGCAUGGCAACCCAGUGUGUGCAGGUGAAGAACGUAGUGAAGACGUCCCCUCAGACCCUCUCCAACCUCUGCCUCAAGAUCAACGCCAAGCUGGGAGGCAUCAACAACGUCCUAGUGCCUCAUCAGAGGCCCUCUGUGUUCCAGCAGCCUGUCAUCUUCCUGGGUGCAGACGUCACACAUCCUCCAGCCGGUGACGGGAAGAAGCCGUCCAUCGCGGCGGUGGUGGGCAGCAUGGACGGCCACCCCAGCCGAUACUGCGCCACGGUGCGAGUCCAGACGUCGAGACAGGACAUCUCCCAGUGCCCUACUCCUCCAACCAAUCAGGAGCAGCUCUUCAGCCAGGAGGUAAUCCAAGAUUUGACCAAUAUGGUGCGAGAGCUGCUCAUCCAGUUCUACAAGUCCACUCGCUUCAAGCCCACACGGAUCAUCUAUUACCGCGGUGGCGUGUCUGAGGGACAAAUGAAACAGGUGGCGUGGCCGGAGCUGAUAGCCAUCAGGAAGGCCUGUAUCAGUCUGGAGGAGGAUUACAGGCCGGGCAUUACCUACAUCGUGGUUCAGAAACGUCACCACACUCGUCUUUUCUGCUCCGACAAAGCUGAGCGGGUGGGGAAGAGCGGUAACGUCCCAGCAGGCACCACGGUGGACAGCACCAUCACACACCCAUCCGAGUUUGACUUCUACUUGUGCAGCCAUGCUGGGAUUCAGGGAACCAGUCGUCCAUCCCACUACCACGUCCUGUGGGACGACAACUGUUUCACCGCCGAUGAGCUGCAGCUCCUCACCUACCAGCUGUGCCACACCUACGUCCGCUGCACGCGCUCCGUCUCCAUCCCAGCACCGGCCUACUACGCUAGGCUGGUGGCCUUCCGAGCCCGCUACCACCUGGUGGACAAAGACCAUGACAGCGCUGAAGGAAGCCACGUGUCGGGCCAGAGUAAUGGCCGGGACCCCCUGGCGUUGGCCAAGGCAGUUCAGAUCCACUAUGAUACCCAGCACACCAUGUACUUCGCCUGAGCUAGCGAGCAUGUCAGCCAGUCCACCAGCGGAGUCCCUUUCUUCUGUCUUUUUAAUCUCUUAUUUGCCAGUCUCUCUCUUCUUGUCUCACUUCUCUUUGUAGUCUUUUCUCUUCAUAUUCACUCUACAUUUUCUGAAUCUGCACCAAAGCGGCUCUUGGA